AAGAGGGUUUGUUUCCGCUGACCAAAUGCCAUGUAACAUCCUUGUUGUCAGCAGCAACCGCAGUUUUCAAGAACAGUUGAUUUGCGAUUUACCGACUUUACUUGAAGCUUUUGGAAUUAUUUUUGUACAUUUCAUUUUAUAAAGAUGUCUCUGACACAGACGGUCACAAAACCGCCAGUUCAACCUUCAAGAGCAUACGAUUAUCUGUAUGAUCCUGUCUAUACCUUAUCAAGUGAAAGAGAUCAUGCCAGGGCAACAUUUAGAGCCAGCACAAAUGUUGAAAGAAUUCAAAGAGUCCCUGAGUACAAAACAAUGUUCAGUGGACUGCGCCAUUUUCCUAACAGUAGUGUCAGAAUUGAUUCUAAGGACCCUGUCCCUGGAUUCAUUCCAAGACAAUGGAGAGGUUAUCAAGAGCAAGCAAGGGAAUCUCUGAUAAGAUAUACAAAAUUCAAUUAUGACCCUACAGUAAGAGUACCAAAUGUCACUUACCAGCAAUCUGAAGUUGGUGGGAUUGACAGAUACAAGUAUUUUAGAAGACCCAUUAUACCCUUUCUUCAGCAAGUUCCAGCUGAUGUUGUUUUACAAGCAAACAGAACUGAUCCAAUGACUGGCACCGAAGUGAUAGCUGAGAGGGCACCAACUCCACUCACAAGAACUGUCAUGGUGCAAACAGAUUACAGGGACAGUGAAACACAGACUGACCCCUACUCACCUGAGUACGUCAUACGUCCUGGAUCCCAGCCAGAGUUACUCACGUUAGCUACUCUUGCCUAUGGACAUGGUUUACCAGCUGGUCUCGCAGAAGUUGAAAUGAUUGAAAGGGCCAGAGCUAAGAGAGCAUGGGAAGCAACGCUGCCAGCACUGAAUGAUGUUGAAAAUUUGGAGAAAAGGCGAGCCAUGAUGGACGAACAGGAGAGAAAAGAGUGGGCGUUUAGAGAAAGAGAAAUUGAAUUAUUACAAGAAGCCAGACUGGAAGUGCUAGUAAAAAUUUUACAGCAAAGGGAAGAUACGAAUGCAGAAUUGAACAACAAAAGAUUGGAUCGUUUGUGGUCGGGCAAGCAGACAGAAAAAGAUAGCAAAUUUGAAAAGAUAAAAUUAGAACACAUGAGAAUUAUAAGAAAACUCACGAAAAAGCGAGAUGCAGUGGAGGGCAAUCUGGAACGCAGAGACUUCUUAAAAGACUAUUCAGAUCCCUCGUCGCAGGUUUACGCCCCGAUGUCUCGCAUUGGUGUUUUCCUUGAUCGAGGCUCAGAGCAGUUUGUGGUUAAAAGCAGAUACCUGAGCACAUAUCAGGGCCUUCUGGAGCUGGAAGCCUCGUUACCAGAUUAUGUACUGAAACCGAGAGUUAUAGCACCGAAACCAAAAUCUGCUGGUAAAAAUGGGUUUGUAAAGCGUACAGAACGAAGAAAAUUUGAACUAGAAGAAGUCUCUAAGCAACUAGAAGAUGAAAAGAAACCGAAGGAGCCGCCGAAACCAUUGCGGUUCUUGCACAAGAUUGAAAAGCCGAUCCCCAGGCCUCCAACGCCAACCGUUGAGGAACCAAAUGAGGCAGAUGAAGAAGAAGAACUUGCGGCGAUAUUCUUACAGAAAAUUAUACGAGGUCGUGCUAUACAAAAUAUGAUGUUUGAGGGCAAAGAAAAACGCAGAGAGUUGAUCCAGGAGCUGCGCAGCACGCACGCAUUGCAGGAGGCAGAGCAACAAAUCAAGAAAAUGGAGCAACAGAAAAUUUUGGAACUUCAAAGGGAAAGACGCCUUGAGCAGCAUAAAGAGUCAGUUGUUGAGGAGGCACUUUCUCGCCAUGGAGGAGAAACUCUUGGGGGCAUGCUGGAUUUUCUCAGCAAAGAGCUUAUACGUAUUCAGGGAGAACGCCGCAUUCACGCGUUUGCCAUGCUCGCUGAACGCCAAAGACGUAUGCGAGAAGCUGAGGAAAGUGGACGGCGACAAGUUGAAGAAAGACGACGCCGUGAAGAAGAUGAAAUCUUUAAGCAGAUUAUCAAAGUUAAUCAAGAAACCGUAGACAGUUAUCUGGAAGAUAUAAUAAUGGACGCCAUUGAGAAAACAGCAGACGCGCAGGCGCGGAAAGAGAUCCAAGUGAUAGCCGAAAAGGUCAACGAGGCAGCUUAUGAAAUAGAGGCAACGCGCACUGAACUUGAGAGUGAAGAGAUUGUAGCAGAGCUUGUCACAUCAUUUUUGCUUCCAGAGGCCCAGAAAAUAGAAAUGCGAGAAAACGUGAAACGACACCAGCGAAAGAACCUGUUAGCGGCUCAUCGCAUUGUUUACAGCCAAACAGAGCCUCUCAUUCGCGAGGAGUCCGACGAAAGCCCAGACGAGAAGAAGGAAUAACGUGUGUUAAUGUGAUAAUGUAUAUAUUGGCCUGUCUAAUUUGAUUUAUUUACUAAUGUUAUUCCAUA